AUCAUCUACAACGAGGUGCUUGUAUUACCAUUCAGGCUAAUGUAAGAAGAUGGUUAUGCAGAAAACGAUAUCAGAGCAUGCGCGAAGCGAUUGGAACAAUCCAGUUAUAUUAUAGAGCAAGUUAUUGGGCCAAAGUGGAACGGAGGAUGUUCCUUAAAACAAGGAGUGCGAUCGUGACCAUGCAGGCGUUCAUACGUGGCUGGUUAGCACGUCGCAAAAUUGAACGACAACGCGCUGCUACACGUAUUCAAAGUGACUGGAAGAUGCAUGUUGCAAGACAAAGGUAUUUAUAUCAACGUGCAUGUGUUUUACGGAUACAAUGUUAUUUCCGUUUGUGGAUGAACUGUAAAAGAUACAUCACCUUGAGAAAAACGGCAAUAAUUCAACAUGGUUACCGUAGGUACAGACAACGUCGUUUGGUCAACAAAAUUUUGGAAGCUGUUUCUUCUCAAAAAAAUGCUGCUUUGGUCCUUCAGCAACGACUUCGUGCUAAUAUGGCGGCCAAGAGCAUUCGUCAGCAUUAUCUUCUUUUGAAAAGAUCCUCUGUACUUAUACAAGCUUCCUAUCGUGGUCACUUAGCUCGAGCUCAUGGCGCCAGGAUUCGUUCUGCCAUCGUGAUACAGUCGUACUAUCGCGGACACCGGCAGGCAACUGAGUAUAGGGGGAUAAAAAAUGCCAUAAUCUUUGUCCAAGCUCUAACUCGAAGGAAUCAAGCAUUUGAGAGAUAUAGAAGUCUAAAAACUACUGCGUUGGUUGUUCAACGUCAUCGUAGAGCAGUUGUGAUUGGUUGCAGACAAAGAAAGAUGUUCUUAAAGAUGAAAGUAAGUGCUAUAAAAAUGCAAAGUUGCUAUCGAGGUUAUAGAGCACGGAAGGCGUAUAAACUUAUAAGACAAGCUACCAUAAAGAUUCAGAGCUUUAUCCGUGGAAUAAUAGCCCUAAAUAGAUAUGAGAAACUACGCAAAGCCAUUGUAAUACUUCAAACCAGAGAAAGAGCGAGAAUACGUGGAAAAGAAGAAAGAACAUCAUAUUUAAAGCUGAAAAAAUACACCAUUUCUAUGCAGAGUUUAUUUCGUGCAAAACGCGAUGAAAUGAGUUACAUGCUUAUUCGAAACACCAUUAUAAAGCUUCAAGCUAUGUUGCGUGGGAAACAUGCACGAAAAGUGUUUCAAAGAUCACGUUCAGCUGUUAUCGUGUUGCAACGUGCACAACGAGCACGGAUGUUGGGAAAACGAGAACGGAUUCAAUUCAUGAAAAAACGAAAUAGUACUGUACGUAUUCAAAGUCUUAUAAGAAUGCACUCACAGCGAACACGCUAUUGCAAAUUACGACACGCGGUAAUCAUUGCACAAUACUAAUCAGCGCGCAAAACUUACCAAACAAUGCGUACAGCUGCCAUAAUUAUUCAAAGAGCGGAACGUGCCAGAGUUCUUGGGAAGCAACAGAGAGUGGAAUUUUUAAAACUGAAAUGUAAAGCUGUUUUAAUUCAGAGUUUGGUACGAUGUCACACACAAAGAAUACGUUAUCUUAAAAUAAAACACGCUACCAACAUCAUUCAAGCGUAUGUUCGUGGCAAGAAAACACGACGUUUUUAUA